AUGGAUCUGGUGGCGACGGUGACUCGAGGCGGCGCUGUUGAUGUCUGGAGGCUUAAUGGGCAAAAGGUGUUUGGCGCUGUCUUUGAUGUCGAUCCCCUAGAUGGAGGAGCAGAUACGGAGGGAGAAUCGGCCGCAGAUCCUCUACCUACAGGUGGGAGGGUUAGAGGGAUUUGUUGGAGGAGAGAUGGCCAGAUCCUCGCAGUGGCAUGCUCCGAUGGCGCUGUCUCCCUCAUCAAUGCCUUCACCGGUAAGAUCGCCCAUCAACUGGUCACCAAACUUCCUCCUGGACCUAUCUCGCCAUCCACCAGCUUCACCAGUCAUUCUCCGUCCUCAAGGCGGUCGAGAAAUGCCCGGCAAUCUUCGGUUUCAGCAGGUCGUCUCUCGUUAGUCAAGCCGAGGACGUCUUUGUCUAGCAUCUCAUGGACUACACAUUUUGCUACGCCUUCACCAUCCACGGUGCAACAGCAUCUCGAGUCGCCGAAAGUGGCGGAGAAGAAUAUAACCCUUGACCAUAUCCUCGGCAUGAAGGCCGAUGUCGGCAAAUUGUUGGCACUCGAAGCGAAUCUUCCCCAGGAACUGAGUGCUAUCGAUAUCGAAAGCUCAUUGCCCAGGCUCGCCACUCUACCACCCAUAGGGGUUGGCAGCGGUGAUGAUGUAUUCAGCACACGAGCCAGUAUUGAUGCGAUAUUCCAUACCAACUCUUCUGGACUUGCGGGCUCUGUCGAUGUCUUGCUAGCAGGAUUGUAUGAUGAAUCCGACACUAGCGACGACCCUCGCUGUGCCGUUCAUGUUCGAAUCUUUGAUUCCUUUGAGAUUGGGGCCGCAGAUAUUGGCCAUUGCCUUCAAUCCGUACACGGACCCGGCCGGGUGAUAUCCAUGGCCAGUCACCCUUACCUGCACACAGCGUUCCUUGCGGUGGAGCAAACGGACAAAACUCUCCACCUUGUCAGUCUUGACUUGAGCUUCAUUCCUCAGACGGGACGAAAUUUGGCCUUGGUUGCAAGAAAGGCAACCCAGCUAGGCAACCUUCUCCGGUACGCGUCACAGGUUCAAAUGCAACUAGCCACAGAAGUUAAAGCUGCUUUCGAGUUACCAGCGAGGUUCUUGAGGAAUAUCAACGAAUCGUUGGCCGAAAGCGACCCUGAUGCCGAUUUUGCGUUCGCAGUCCAUCACCUCGCAGUGACUGGAGAGUGCAGCGCGAGAUUCAAGGAGUGGUUGGUCGAUGAAGUGGGCGAACGAGGGUUGAAGAGAUGGGAAAAGGCCGUUGGCGAUUGUCUCGAUGUUGUCAGAAGGCUGACGUCUGAAUGUCUGGCUCCGGCUCUGGAGAGGAUCGAGGUUGUUCUGAGCCGGCUGCGCGGGCUUGCCAGUUUCUCCGAAACGAGAGAUCGACUGGGUCUUGCUGAAUUCGACGUCAAGAAGGCGACCGAGACAGUCGAUGUCUUGACCUUGUUAGCCGAGGAUCUGUUGGUUGAUGUGGGCACGGAGAUCAAAGAGUUCGCAGCGUUUAUGAAAUGGAUGAAAUGGGAAUGCGAGAUUGAAGCACUCGAAGAAGACAGCGAAAGGGCCGAAGAACUGAGAGAGAGCUGGACAGGAGAGCAGGAGAUCAGAACCGUGCUGGAUUAUGUCGGAAACGCCAUGUCUGAGACGAGACUCAAGCGAUACAUCGACACGCCACCCGCAGGCGGCGAACCGCUUCAAGCAGCCGAAUCCUUUGGCGGAGAAAACGAGGCAGGCUUCUACGUCGAGUACACCAAUCAGAGAAACAGUCGAACCAAAAACAGCAAUCCACCGAGGCUGGGGCAACUGCUCGAGAGGUUGAAGAAGCAAUGCGAAGUGGUGUUCGGACAAAUUGCCGAGCAUUUCAGAAAGAGUAUGUUGGCAAGUUACAUGGUGGAGUUGCCUCGAGGACUAGAUAUGGAAGAUCUGGACAUGAAAGUGGUAGCAGAUGACCAAGAUGCAACCGCUCAGAAGCUUCUAGUCUUUGCCAGGGAUGUCAAGCAUCACAAUCAACUACAUCAUAUCCAGCUCAUGCUGCGUCAGGAAGGGCCUAAAGCGAUCAAGUUCACGAGCGAGUUUACCCGCCUACCAACUAUCCCAGAUGUGCUCGAGAUUCUGGAUGCGAAGAUCGUUGAUGACAUCGCGAUAGUGACUUUGGUCAGAACGGAGGACGAUAUACGAUUGUAUGGGCGGCAUUUAGUGGUGUUGGACGACGAACAAGACCAGGAUGCUGAGUGGCAGCUGGACCAUGUGUUUGAUGAUGGGAAAAUGGAAGCUGGCAUGAGUCCUGCCAAACUGGAAGUCAAUGGGCACGUAGGAAGAAGAGUUGUUGCGGUCAUGGACAGAAAUGGGCUCGGUUACGUGGUUCUUGAUCUGGACGCCAGUCAGGAGACAGAUGGCGACGAGGACGCCGAACAUGACCAGACAAUGACUGGAUGAGAUCUUGUUAACACUAGGAGGUAUCUAACAUUAAAUCAUUGCAUUUCUCUAUGGAGGUUUGCACAAGACAAUGGAUGG